AUGGCCCUUGACGACAAUAAAUUCAUCGCCGGACUCCAGGAGAAGCUCCAAGAGUUUUCUGUUGGGUGCUUCCCUUUGACCACCAAGCAGAUCGACCGCCUCAAGCGAUCCAAGCUUCUAAUAGCACAAGAUGCGUCGGAUAUCGUCAAAAAUAUCCCAAAGAAACGAGCACAUACUAUAUUGACUGAGCUAUGGACGCAUCUACCAGAAGUCUACUUCUUAUGCUCCCUGGCAUUUAAUCAGUCUGAGCUCGCGUCGCUGAAAUCAAGCACUUAUCUGGCCGCUGCAUCGCAAUGGUGGCACGGAGUGGAUAAGCCUCAGGACUUGACGAGAUUCAUGGAUCUCAACAAAGAUGCUCUCCCAUCAGUACUGGAAUCGCCGCCUGAUUCACGAGAAGUCCAGAUCCCAAUCACUUGCAAGGAGUUAUUCAGCUUUCUGCUGGAACAUUUUGGGGAGAUGCAGCUCCAAAUUUCGUGCCCUUACAAUGGAAUCCCUCUCCCGUUUGUUAGACUUGGAUCCAACGACUCGUUUGUAAAGAUGGAAAUGUCUGUGAACGUGGUACAUGCAAUUGGACGGCAGAUUAUGCAGAGGCAAAUACGAAACAAAGAUUCUUAA